CCCUAACAAUAGUUGAAGUGACCAUCACUCCUAACGUGUUGAAUUUGGUGUAAGAAUUGUGUGCUGGUGGUCCCAUCCUAAAACACAGGGGGAGUGGACGUCCAGUCUAUUGUUACUCCCGGUCAAGGAAGGAAGCUCUGUGCAGGGAAACAUGACAAGCGUGAACGACGCGGCGCUGGAGGAAGUCAAGCCCGUGAGCAGCGGUAGCGGUCCUGACCAGUGGAUCGAGAACCUGCGCAAUGGCAAGGUGCUGAGUGAGUUGGAGCUCAAGCAGGUGUGUGAGAUGGUCAAGCUUCUGCUCAUCGAGGAGUCCAACGUGCAGCCUGUGAGCAGCCCUGUGACGGUCUGCGGCGACAUUCACGGUCAGUUCUUCGAUCUCCUUGAGCUCUUCCGCUGCGGAGGCGACAUCGAGAACACCAACUACAUCUUCAUGGGCGAUUUUGUGGACCGCGGACACAACAGUGUGGAGACUUUUGAACUGUUGUUGUGCCUCAAGGCGCGCUACCCAGACCGCAUCACGCUGCUGCGCGGCAAUCACGAAUGCCGGCAGAUCACGCAGGUCUACGGCUUCUACGAGGAGUGUGUGCGCAAGUACGGCAACGCCAACCCAUGGAAGUACUGCACGGAUGUGUUCGACUACCUCAACUUGGCUGCUAUUAUCGACGGACGCGUACUCUGCGUGCACGGCGGUCUGUCGCCCGAAAUCCGCACGCUGGAUCAGAUCCGGACAAUAGAGCGCCAGCAGGAGAUUCCCCACGAAGGAUCUUUUUGUGACCUCAUGUGGUCUGAUCCCGAGGACAUUGAGACGUGGGCUAUGAGUCCACGUGGUGCUGGAUACCUUUUCGGCGCCAAGGUUACGCAGGAAUUCAACCAGAUCAACGGACUCGAUCUCAUCUGUCGUGCUCAUCAGCUCGUACAGGAAGGUUACAAGUACAUGUUCGACAACAGUCUCGUUACUGUCUGGUCGGCGCCCAACUAUUGCUACCGAUGUGGUAAUGUUGCAGCUAUCUUGUCGUUCGACGAAAACCUCGAGCGCGAUUUCAAGUUGUUCCGCGAGGUUGCUGAGUCGUCGGACGGCUUUAACCAGCGUGCGCUAGUGCCGUACUUCCUGUAAGGUGGUUGUCGGAUACGGCCGUUGACGACGUCUCGCACGCGCUAACGCACUGCGAUCAGCGCCUUGCGUGUUGCCUGCCAUCAUCUGAUUUACUUGCUUUCGAGCUCACACGGGUCGCUCUUAUACUCUCUCCACAUCGAAAAGGGACAAGGACGCUAGUAGAUAGAUAUCCUGUCGACGGAUCCUUUAAACUAAGCUUUGUGCAUGUUCGUUUGUGCUGUGCUGCUUCGUUGGUGUGAUACAUGUACAUUUAGUGCGACGGGGGAGAAAGUGGCGUCACAUGCACCACCUCGGGCUCCGACAUCCAACUUGCUUGCACAGUAUAAGUGAAGUCCCAUCCGUAUCCAGCUCCUCCAAAUUCUCCAAGUUGGUUUAGGCACACUAUGCCUCCCACGAAGUGCGGAUACACUGCUGCAAUCCGCUGGAGAGCACGU